GCUGCGCCUGAGGGGACCCUGAGGAAGCGGAAAGUCGAGGACGCGGGACCGGACCCGGGACCCGGGUCGCCGCCCGUGCCGGAGCCUCGUGCCACGACCUGCGCGACCUGUCUGUGCCCGGGCACCUUCUGGCUGACCAGGAUCAUGCUCUUGAAGGCCCUCGCUUUAGUUUACUGGCUCGAAUGCAGCUUCUGAAGAUGGAACCAUGAGGUGCUGGUCAGGAGAGGACAGGCUGGUGAUUAACUACUGCAGCCUGGUCACUGGCUGGCCUUUUCUGCACCUGGGUCCUCUAAAGCGCUGCCUGACACAAGCUCCUCUGAAGAUGCUUGCAGCGUGUUCAGAAAACAAAUCCUGCCCAACCUGUCUUCACUUUUCUUGACAGUUGUGGCAUUCCUGGUUGCUUUCCAUCAGAACAAGCAGCUGAUUGGUGAACGGGGCCUGCUGCCCUGCAAGGCAUACCUGAAGAGCAUCCAGCAGUACUUCCAUGGCAGGAUCGGCUUGGAUGCCUGGAGCUACGCCCCAACCAUCCUCUGGCUGAUGGACUGGUCAGACAUGAACUUCAACCUAGACCUCCUUGCUGUUCUUGGAUUGGGCAUCUCUUCCUUCAUCUUGAUAACUGGCUGUGCCAACAUGAUCCUCAUGGCCAUGCUGUGGGUCCUCUACCUAUCCCUGGUCAGCGUGGGACAGGUCUGGUAUUCUUUUGGAUGGGAGUCACAGCUUCUGGAAACAGGGUUCCUGGGGAUCUUCCUCUGCCCUCUUUGGACACUGUCCCGGCUGCCCAAAUACACCCCCACAUCCCAGGUCGUCCUGUGGGGCUUCCGGUGGCUGAUUUUCAGGAUCAUGCUUGGAGCAGGCCUGAUCAAAAUCCGGGGUGACCAGUGCUGGUGGGACCUCACCUGCAUGGACUACCACUACGAGACACAGCCUGUGCCCAACCCCCUGUCCUACUUCCUGCACCGGUCACCCUGGUGGUUCCACCGCUUUGAGACACUCAGCAACCACGUCCUGGAGCUGCUGGUGCCCUUCCUUGUGUUCCUUGGGCGCCGCCUGUGCCUCCUCCAUGGGGUGCUACAGAUCUUCUUUCAGGUGGUCCUUAUCCUCAGCGGGAACCUAAGCUUUCUGAACUGGCUGACCAUCAUACCUAGCCUCUCCUGCUUUGAUGAUGCCACACUGGGAUUCCUGUUCCCUUCAGGGCCAGGCGGCCUGAAGGAUCGAGUUCUGCGGAUACAGAAGGAGGAAGCUGGAGGGGCCCAGCCUAAGUCAAGAUAUGGCUGCUUGGUGAGGCGUGUGGCCAACCUCUCGCUGGGCAUCCUGCUGGCUUGGCUCAGUGUGCCUGUGGUCAUCAACCUCCUGAGCUCCAGGCAGGUCAUGAACACCUCCUUCAGUCCACUUCGGAUCGUCAACACCUACGGGGCCUUUGGAAGCAUCACCAAGGAGCGGACAGAGGUGAUCCUGCAGGGCACAGCCAGUACCAAUGCCAGUGCCCCUGAUGCCUUGUGGGAGGACUAUGAGUUCAAGUGCAAACCAGGAGACCCCUGGAGGCGGCCAUGCCUGAUCUCCCCCUACCACUACCGCCUGGAUUGGCUCAUGUGGUUUGCAGCCUUCCAGGUGGGUCCGUGGAGAGCACUGGAGAUACCGGUUCAGCCGCCCCGGAGGCAAGCACGCCUCAGAAGGCAAGUGGUGGGCACGAAAGAGGAUCGGCCCCUACUUUCCCCCACUGCGCUUGGAGGACCUGAAAGACUACUUCCAGGCCCGGGGGUGGCCCCUGGCAGAACCCAUGUAGCCUUCCUCCCCCCAAUAAAGGUUGGAGCCAGCAUUCUGUUCAUGGAGCCCCACCAUGGCAUCGCCACCCAGAAGAAGGUGUCCCUGUCACCUCGCUCUUCCCUGACUCUUUCCUAGGGAGGAGCCCCUGGGCACCAGGCUUCCUGGGAGCUCUGAGCUUUUCUCACCCCUGAGGACCACUCUGCCUCUGCAGCCCUAGCUGCCUGAUGGGCCCACCAGCACCCUCAUCUGGAUGACCUCAUCACACCUUAUUGAGCAGACACCCUCCUCAGCUAAGGCUUUGGUGGCAGCCCUGUUCUGGGGCCUUUUGGGGUCCUUGAUAUCCUGGGACAGCUCUGUUCACCAUGUGACUGUGUGGACAGCCAGGCUCCCAUCCUAUGUCUAACACGCUUGUCCCCCACUGAUGCCCCUCAUCCAGAUGGGGAGUGGCUCACUCUCAUCAUCAUGGUAUCCACUCAAGCUCACACUCGGUUCACAUUUCCCUCUCCUCCCCAGGAGAUCAGUGUGCAAGAAGCGUGAACAGAAGCCCUCUGUCCUCAGCUGGUGACCAUGACCCCCAGCCUCAGAGGCCCCAGGGCUGGCAGCCCUUUGCCCGGGAGCAAUGUUUACUGCUCCAUGGUCACUAAGUGGGCAGGACUGCAGGGGUUGGGGGGACAGCAGAGCCCCUGGUAGAAUCUCCCCGCUUCUUGUGCUGCCUGGCAGGGACAGCUGCCCACCCCUGCAUCCCAAUGCCUGGAACCCAUGUGGUUGGCCAUACCACUGAGGACCCAGCAGGGACAUGGUGGCUUGGCCGAGGUGGGCACAAGUGUGGGUCUGUGCACAGCCCCACCCCACCCCCGUGCCUGGGGGAAUGGCUAACCCAGGUGCAAACAGAGAGAUGGUGUCCCAGCUCCCGGGAACAGGGCGCCUGUGUCUGUUGGGGACAGACAGGCCUCAGAGCAAUGAGCCCAGAGCCAGCACGUCUGCCCACAGCAGCCCUAGGAGCUGACUGGCAGCCUGGAGACCAUCCUGGGCUUGGGCCGUGCUGGCAGGCUGGGUGGGGCCAGCCACUUGGGAUGGUGGUGGGGGCUUAGCAGGGGCAGCACUUGCUGGAAUAAUCAGGGACCCCACAGCCAGUAGAUACCACCCCUUCAUCCCCGUUGCCUGGGUCCUGGGUUCUUGCAGUGCUCAGCCCAACUGUGGGCUGUUCCCAAACCUUGCCCAGUCAUGUGCUCCCCAGUCUCCCAGGGAUCCCUCGGGGCCUGCAGGUGCAGUGGAGGUGAGGACGGGGCUUCAGCCCACGGUGGAGGACCUGGGAGCCAUGGCCCCACAGCCCUGGCUGGAAGAAAAGAAGGGCCUAGAGUGACCAGAGAAGCUCCAGUGCAGGCAGCUUCCUCUCCCAUGGGGCUGAAGGCCCCAGCCUAAUGAUAGCUAGAGGAAGUCAGGUACUGCUGUACAUCAGGGAGCUGCAGCAUUUGGUGUGGCUGCGGCCUCUGCCUGGUGUCUCCAUCAUCCCAGACGCUGCUCCCGCUUGAUAGUCCCAGCCUGCUCCUGACUGUCUUCAUGGAUGUUCAUGUAAGUGGAGCAACACAUGUGGCCUUUAGAGACCAGGCCCUCACUGGUGAUGUUUGCCAGUUCUAUCCACACUGGCACUAGGCUCCUUACUCCUAUCAACAGACGCUACCCACUGUGUGCACAGAACCAUGUGUGUCUGUCUCCCUGUGAGAGCUACGUGGGGCAGUAGAAUGAGGACACCAGGAAUGCCUCGGGGUGGGGGGGUAGUGCUCAGUGUGGAGUUGAGGGUUCAGGGUCUGUUUGUGACCAGGAUGGGAGCCAUGGCAGGCAAGUAUGUGGCCCCAUCAGAAACCAGUUCUUGGGCCGGGGAUGUAGCUCAGCGGUACUCCACCUGCCUGGCAAGUGCAAGAUUGUAGUUCAAUUCCCAAUACCAGAAAAAAAGAAACCAGUUCUUGUAGCAGCCACUGGAAUGGGUCCUAUCCCUGUAAGGGAGAUCCGAUAGCAUGGGACCCACUCCAGAGACCCUUUGGCUCUGACCCAGAGUGGCCUAGGCUUGCUCAGGGAGACGCCUCACCCCAGAGGGUUGCUCUGGAGGUCCACUCACCAGGACAUCACAGCCAACCUCAGGUCAAGAUGUGAUGCAUGCACAGCCUCCACCUUUUGUCAGCCAUACAGCCCUGCUUCUCCCAGGCCCCAAGGGCAGCCACUAUCCAUCCGUCACCACUGUGCCACCGCUCUCCACAACACCGCCACUGCCGGAUUGCCCCUCGCCAGGUCCUUCCACCAUUCACAGCCCUCCAAGGCCCUCCUCACUGAGCACUUGCUCAGGGACACUGCCUGUCAUCCCCUCCACACCUCUGCUGUGUUGGGACACAUGGCCCUUGCCUCCCAGGCCAGCCACCCACUCCCUGGUCACACUCCAGGUGGGCAGCAUUACGGCCCUGUUUGCAGCACAGUGAGCAGACCAGGUCUGCUGGGUAGCCCAGACCAGUGUGUUCCCUACCAUGAAGCUCCAGGUAGAGGAGAGUUACCUGUUUCUAAGCCAGCCCCAGAGAGAAACUUGUGAGGAGAGGGGUGCUUAGAUUCAAUUUGGGAGCUUGCAGGGCCCAACAGCACUGGAUGGCCACUAUCUAAAGAAUUGGGCACAUUCUUCCUUGCUUACUUCUCCCACCAGGGAGCCAUGUAAAGUAUACUAAGUGGUCACCAUUCUACUAGGAAUGCUGUGCAGAAGGGUCAGAAUCUAAGCAUGCCCCACAUGCUGACAACCCAUUCAGUGUGUUAGUCUGUCUACUCCACCUCCCUCCCAAGGUAGGGGCUCCUCAGACAGAGGAACUGGCCCCUGGAAGAGCCACCUCCUGACAGGGACUCAAAUCAAUAGGCACUGUCCACCAGGCUGUAGCCAUGUUCAGGGUGGCCAUCAGCCCCAUACAGAGCAACAGCUGGGCCAGGACCACUCUCUGUCCCAUCCUCUGCUCCUGCUACAGCAGCCAUGGGGCCUCAGUGCCCACAUCACACCAGGAGCAAGGUCUGCCAUGGCCCUCCAUAAGCCAGAGGCUCUCUGCUACUUUGUCAAGAGGUCCUUUAUUCACUUAAAGAUUAUUAAAUGGAACUGAGGAAGCAGCCCCAUUUAAUAGAGAGCAAGAUACCAAGGAAUAAACCCAAACAAGGAGAUGAAAGGCUCGAAUAAUGAAAACCACAAAACAUUGCUGGGAGAAGUCAAAGAUAAUCUAAGCAAAUGGAAAAGCAUCCAUAUUCUUGGACAGGAAAACUUAAGAUGGCAGUACCACCUAGUGGCCUAUACAAGGCUCAUGCAAUGCCUGUCAAAAUUCCAGUGGCCUGUUUUUGUAGAAAUGGAAACUCUAGUUUUUAAAUUCAUGUGGAGUUACAAAUAACGUAAUAAUCUCGAAAAAGAGGAAUGAAAUUGUAGGUCUCACACUUCCUGAUUUCAAAACUUAUUACAAAGCUACAACUAUCAGAACAGUGUGGUACUGGCACCAAGACAGACACACAGACAAAUGGACCAGAAUAGAGACCCCAGAAUAAAACCUGCACGUGUGUGGUCAAAUGCUUUUUGACAAGGGCUCCAAGACCAUUCAAUGAGGGAAAGGCUACCUUUUCAACAAAGGGUGCUCCUGGGGAAGCUGGAUAUAUCCACUGUAAGAGAAUGAAGUUAGACCCUUCAUGCCACAGAAAAAUUAAAUAGAUGAAACUCCCAAACAAAAGAACUAAACCUAUAAAAUUCAUAAUAAACAGAGAAAUCUUUUUUAUACUGAAUUUGACAAUGAUUUCUUUGAAACCAAAACAUAGUCAACAAAAGAAAACAUAAAUUGAAUGCUACCAAGUGUAAAGAGACAACAUGCAGAGUGAGAAAGAACAUGUAACUCACAUACCUGACAAGGACCUAGUAUCCAGAAUAUAGAGACCUCUUAUGGAUCAACUGCAAAAAAAAAAAAAAAAA